CGUUAGUCAUAAAACUGAAAUAUGGCAACGAAUGAGGAACUGUCUAGAACCCUGGCUGGAUCUUCGGACGUAGUACAUGACUUUAUUUGUACACCCUGCUCCGAGGAUGAUCUAAACAAGGAAGCGAUUACAUACUGUACGGAAUGCAAAUCGUUCUUUUGCACAACGUGUAUUGACCAUCAUAACAAAUGCCUUAAGUCACACACAGUAUUGGGCAAGGUCGCAAUGAUGUCAGGGCAAGUUAAGCAACAACCGAUAGAUCAGUGGGCGAUGAUGCUAGUCGACCGAUGCGAAGAGCAUCCUGGAAAGGCCAUAGAAAUGUAUUGUCCAGUGCACGAUGCUGUAUGCUGUACAGUUUGUCUUGCCAUGAAAGACAGAUCCUGUACUGGAGUUGACUUUAUUCCAAACGUUGCAAAGGGAAUCAUCAAAAGUCCAGAGAAAGACAAAGUAGUCCAGAGCCUUUAUACCAUUAAACAGGAUCUUCAAAAGCUGAAGUCUAAAAAACAAACUGAGCUGGAAGAUUUGGACAAGACACGAGACGAAAUCUUCAAAUACAUUUUGGAUUUCAAGAAACGGUUGCUUGAAAGAAUCCAACGGAUGGAAACAGAGUCCUUGAACAAUGUUCAAGAUAAAUACAACGCGAUGGCUGACAAGAUAAAAGGGGAAGUAAGUCGUCUUGACGUCUUGCUUAAAGAUGUUGAAAAUUCUCUUAACGAUUUGCAGUUUAAAAGCAAAAACGAUGCACAAAUGUUUGUCCAUAUAAAACACGGUUGUAAAAUUCUCAGCAUUGAUGUUUUAAAUCAAUCUGUAAGUUUUGAAAAAGAAGAAAUCAAAUUCAAUAUUGAUGAUGACAUAGAGUCACUUAUAAAAGGCACUGGUUCUUUUGGAAAUUGUAUUGUAGAAAACAGAGUUGAAUUUUGCCAUAAUGCUGUUUUAGAGGACGAAGUUGACGUCAAACUCCCUAAUGACAAGCAUCCCUGUAGAAUAUUUGACGCAUGCGCAGUUGAUAAAGAUCAAUUCAUUAUAGUUGAUCAAGGCAACCAAAAGCUAAAAAGAAUAGAUAGGACGUACCACGUGACCGACGCAUACAGACUAUCUGGACGUCCGUGGGGUGUAUGUAGGACUAGCUCUUCUGAAGUUGCAGUGACUUUGUUUGGGGCAAAAAUGGUACAAAUUAUAUCUCUCGGGAAACGCAUUGCUGUGUCCAAAUCAAUCCAGGUCGGAGAAUAUUGUAGAGGGAUUUGCUUUCAUGAAGGGGACCUCUAUGUCUGUUGCGGUGGUGGAGAUGGUGGCAGCGCGGACGAAGGUCCUGGACAAAUAAGAGUGUUUGAUAAGUCCGGCAUACAGAAACGUCUAUUCCUAAGAAACCAUUUUGGCGAAAAUUUGUUCACAUGUCCAUUGCACAUCACAUUGUCUCCCGAUGGCCUCAUAAUGUAUGUAUCAGACGAUCAGAAGGGUCUUUUGACUCUUAACAUACAAGGUGAGGAGGAAAAAUUCAUCCCUGAUGGAAGACUGAAAGAGGUUACAAGCAGCUGUUCUCUAGAACAACAGCUUUUGAUCGCAUGUGGUUAUCAAUCCCAUAACAUUCUCCUGAUUGACUAUCAAAAUAAAGUUGUUCAGGAAUUACUGACACAGACAAGUGGAAUAAAAUAUCCAACAUCAGCAGUAUAUCUGCGACACACAAACCACCUGUUAGUUACAUGUGACAGUUCAAACAAACUGAAAAUUUUUAAACUUACCUGA